AUGCCACGCCGUCCGAGGAAGCAUAUGCGAAAGAAGAUCAGGUUCAACGCAAAGAAGAACAAGAAGAAGCUCGAGUUCGAAGACCCGGAGAUCAAAAAGCGAUGGGACAAGGACAAAUCGCCGCACCAAAAUUAUCUCAAUCUCGGAUUGAAGCUCGAUCCCAACGCCACCAACGCUCCUGCCAAAGAUCCUGUUGAGUUCAACGUGCCAGAGCCGGCUCCACGACCCAAGGACAAGCGGAUGACCAAGAUGGAGGAGCUCUACUACAAGGCGCUCGUCGACAAGCACGGCACCAACUUCAAGGCGAUGGCGCGGGACAUCAAACUGAACUACAACCAGCUAACGGAGACGAAGCUGGAGAGGAGGGCUCUCUUCUACAUCGAAGCCUACAGGAAGCCGGACGAGGACCAUAAGAGGAAGCGAGCAGAGUUCCUUGCCGGCGGCGGUAAGAACAACGCCGAGGAAGAAGACGAUAACGAUGACGGUGACGAAGAUGAUGACGAGGAGGAUGGCGAAGAAGACGGUGAGGAGGAGGAGGAAGAUGGCGAAGAUGAGGAUGAGGAUGGCGACGAGUAG